AUGCAACUCGUCGUGUCGGUCGUGCUCACACUGCUCUCGGCCGCCGCCGUGCGCGAUACGAUGGCUCACGGCCACUUGGUCGCGCCGCCCGUUCAGUUUGUCGAUCCCAACAGCGACCCGACGCGCUUCUGUGCCACCCUCGACGGCCCAUCAUUGCUGCCUGGCGACACGUACAACAAGAGCCCCGGCGACAACACGGCCGCGUUCACAACGCACUUCAAGGCCAGUCGCUUCAAGACUCUGAAAGACCUCAUCGAGUCGCAGCCAUCGGGCGGCGAGUGCGGCAUCACCAAGCUCGACCCGUCCAAACCCCAAGCGCUCCCGAGCGUCGUCCGAUGGCGCCACGGCGACAACGAAGGCUUCACGCCGUCGCACGAAGGUCCGUGCGAGCUUUGGUGCGACAACACGCGCGUGUACGACAACGAAAACUGCGCCAAGAACAUCGCCGAUGGCUCGAUGCCCAUCGACACGGCCAAGUGCGCGGGCGCCAAGACACUUCGGUUCUUCUGGCUCGCGCUGCACUCGUCGUCGUGGCAAGUCUACAAAAACUGCGUGGCUCUGGAUAGCGGUAGUGGUCCAGGUCCCAACCCUAGCCCGUCCAACAACCCGUCGCCAUAUCCUAGCCCGUCGCCAAGUCCAUCGUCGGAUCAGCCCUCGCCCAAGCCUACACAUUCGCCCAAGCCCACACAUUCGCCCAAGCCCACACAUUCGCCCAAGCCGACACACGGCCCCAAGCCCACACACGGACCCAAGCCGACGCACGCACCGAGCCCGACGAUGCACCCGACGCCAGGUCCGUCGAGUGACAAGGUCGCCUUGUACGGCCAAUGCGGUGGGAAGGGCUAUUCGGGUCCGACAGCGUGCGUUGCUGGUGCGCAGUGCGAUGAGCUGAACCCGCACUACUUCCAGUGCCGGCCCAAGAGCGAGAAGGAAGGCACGGCGGCGGCGUACGGUCAAUGCGGCGGCAAGUUUUACGCGGGCCCGACGCAGUGCGGCGACGGCUACGACUGCAUCGAACGCAAUGCGUACUACCAUCAGUGCAUGCCCCAAGAUGCGUAGAUCACUUGCUAUUCACGUGUCUUCAUGUUGUCGUACAGUAUACCGCUGUUUCUCAU